AUGUCGGACGAUGAUGAUUUCAUGCAAGACUCGGACAACGAGAACUACGACUUCGAGUACGAGGACGAUGAUGAUGCCGAUCAGGGGGGCGACGUGGACGUUGAGAACAAAUACUACAAUGCCAAACAGAUGAAAGGCGAUGCGCCGGAGGAGGCAAUCGAGGAGUUCCUGGGAGUGCCCGCGUUGGAGGAAGAGAAGGGCGAUUGGGGGUUCAAAGGCUUGAAACAGGCCAUCAAGCUCGAGUUCAAGCUGGGCUGGUACGAUAAGGCCGUCGAACACUACACCGAGCUCCUCACAUACGUCAAAUCCGCCGUCACGCGCAACUACUCCGAAAAAUCCAUCAACAACAUGCUCGACUUCAUCGAGAAGAAUGCAGAAGACGAGGCGGCGAAUGCGUGCAUGGAACAAUUCUACUCCAAGACUCUCGAAUCCUUCCAGGCGACCAACAACGAGCGGUUGUGGCUGUCGACAAAUACCAAACUGGCGAGACUGUGGCUUGCACAGAAAGACUAUCCUCGCUUGACGGAGAAGGUCAGAGAGUUGCACAAAGCUUGUCAAAGAGAAGAUGGAACAGAUGAUCCAAGCAAAGGAACGUACUCCAUGGAGGCGUAUGCGCUGGAGAUUCAGAUGUACUCCGAGACGAGGAACAACAAACGACUGAAGGGCCUCUACAACCGUGCUCUUGGCGUACGCUCCGCCGUCCCGCAUCCCAAGAUCAUGGGCAUCAUCCGUGAGUGCGGUGGAAAGAUGCACAUGAGCGAGGAGAACUGGAAGUCUGCCCAAAGCGACUUCUUCGAAUCGUUCCGCAACUACGACGAAGCCGGCUCGCUCCAGCGCAUCCAAGUCCUCAAAUACCUCGUCCUCACCACCAUGCUGAUGGGCUCCGACAUCAACCCCUUCGACUCGCAAGAGACCAAGCCGUACAAAAACGAUCCGCGGAUAGCCGCCAUGACAGAGUUGGUGGACGCGUACCAACGAGACGACAUGGCAGGCUACGAAGGCGUCUUGCAGCGGAACAAAGAUCUGGUGAAGGACGAGUUCAUUGCGGAGAACAUCGACGAGGUGACGCGAAGCAUGCGGACGAAAGCGGUCGUGAAGCUCGUCGCGCCGUACACGCGCUUCAAGCUGGACUUCAUCGCCAAAAAGCUCGACAUCUCCAUCGCAGAGGUGCAGGAUAUCGUGGGCUUCUUGAUCAUGGACAAGAAGCUGCGCGGCAAGAUCAACCAGGAUGCAGGUACGGUGGAGAUUGAGAGCGGUGCGGAUCAGGAGCGCAUGAGUGCCGUUGCCGACUGGACGAAAGCCAUCCGCUCCCUGGCCAAUCUCGUCCUGAACGACAGUGAAGGCUUUAAGACAGACGACGCUGGUGCUCCUUUCGGAUCGCCAGCAGAUGGGCUUCCGACGCCCCAGCGUCCGGCUGCAAACGCUGGAAAGCGCAAGCCUCAUCGGACCCCUGGCAUCGCGGCGAAAUGA